AUGGCCGCCGCGCGGGUAUUGCUACUCCUGUCUGAACACCCGGAAUCGGCGAGCUUCGCACGGAGCGUGUGUGGUCUCCUGGGCGCUGGGCCAGGGCUCGGGCCAUGGCCCAUACACUGCAGCUUAAAGCGAGGACAGCUCGUCCUCUCGGACAAGCCAUUCCUAGGCGCCUCUGCCAGGCUUCCGCUCCAGCGACCCCCUUUCUGCCCUUUUGCGGCCCUGGACCAGCAGCCCGGGGCCUCGAUGCCGGAGCUGCCCACAAACCGAGGUGUGGAUCUGGGUGUGGCCGUAAUUCUGCAGUCCAGAGACGAAACUGUCUUGUUGACACGAAGGACCAGCACCCUUAGCCUUUCCCCCAAUCUCUGGGUACCCCCAGGUGGGCAUGCAGAACCUGAAGAAGAGCUGCUGGACGCAGGACUUCGAGAGCUUUGGGAGGAGAGUGGACUACAGCUGCCCCAGGGCCAGUUCUCCUGGGUCCCUCUGGGGCUAUGGGAGUCUGCCUAUCCUCCGAGACUGAGCUGGGGUUUCCCCAAAUACCAUCACAUCGUUCUCUAUCUACUUGUGAUCUCCCAGGAGUCGCAGCAGCAGCUGCAGGCACGGAUCCAACCAAACCCAAGUGAGGUGAGUGCCUUUAUGUGGCUGAGACCAGAUGUAGCAGCUGCAGUGGCUGCCACAGAAGAUGGGACAGGGACAGCCAGAACUCUCCUCCAGGACCUACCACUCUCUGUCCCUGCAGUGGAACUGCAAGAGGAUGGAGCAGCCCGAUCUCUGGACCUGCCCACGUCCACACUCCUGCGAACAACCCCAACCACAGCAGAGAGCAAAGAGAGGGUCAGCACGGGGACCAAGUUUGCCCUUAGGCUCUGGCUGCAACACCUGGGCAGGUAAGAUGUGACACCCCCACCAUGUGACAGAGGAGCUCAUGUGGACCCAGGGCCAGCAAAGGAAAAAAUGAACAUAGACCGCCUUUCCUCAAGCCAGGGGUCUGGAAAGUAA